AUGGCAGAAUCACUCCUUUCUGGAAUCGCGGAGGGGGUGCUUGUGAAGAUUGCCUCCCUGGUCCUCCAAGAAGCCGUCGCCAUUUAUGGUGUCGAGAAUCAGAUUAGCGAGCUCAGAGAGACGUUGACUGCCAUCAAUGCAGUCCUGUUAGAUGCGGAGGAGCAGCAGGCGAAGAACCACUGUCUGCAAGUGUGGUUAGAUCGGCUUCGAGAUGUAUUGUACGAUGCGGAGGACGUGCUUGAUGAAUUCGGGUGCGAAGCCUUAAGGAAGCAGGUGAUAAGUCGUCAUGGGGGGGUCAAAGAGAAGGUAUGCCGCUUCUUUUCCCUCUCUAAUCCACUAGUACUCCGUGCAAAACUCAGUGAUAAGAUCAAGGAGAUACGGGGGAGAUUGUCUAGAAUUUCAACUGAGAAAGAUCAAUUCGAUCUUACUAUGCGGAGUGCUGACAAUGAUGUGGCACAAACCCGAUCACGAGAGAUGACUUACUCAUUUGUAAACAAAUUGGAUGUCAUCGGAAGAGAUAUUGAUAAACAAAAGAUAAUUGAGAUGUUGUUGCAGUCGACAAAUGACAAAAACCUCUCAGUGAUUCCCAUUGUUGGAAUAGGAGGUUUGGGCAAGACAGCCCUCGCUAAAUUAAUCUACAAUGAUGACAGUGUGAAAGAGCAAUUUGAAUUGCAGAUGUGGGUGUUUGUUCCCCAAGACUUCGAUUUAAAGAAAACAAUUGAAGAGAUUAUUAAAGCUGCAACUGGUCAAAGCUCGAGUAACUUGAAUAUUCAACAGUUGCAAACUCAUUUGCUAGGCAUUAUCAAAGACAAGAAAUAUCUACUUGUCUUGGAUGACGUUUGGAGCAAUGGCCCCAAUAGAUGGCAAGAAUUGAGAGAUUUGCUAAGCAAUGGAGCUAGCGAAAGCAAGGUAAUUGUGACAACACGCAAUUUAGAAGUCGCUUCCAUGAUGGGUACCUUUCCAACACAUAAUCUAGAAGGUCUUUCUCUCAAAGACUCUACGGCCUUGUUCAUAAAAUGGGCAUUUGACGAAAAAGGAAAAGCAAUCACGCCCCAAUCUCCUUGA